CGGGGGGCCGCACGAAAGGGGAUGUCCUCACAACAUGACAGAGAGCAACAAGUUCUAAACUCAAUGAAUAGGGUCCAGCAGAUAGAGAUGGUCCAAGGGUUUAAUGACAUGAAGUCAGCGCUGAGUGAUUACCUGAAGCAUUUCGCGGAGAACGGGAAGGUUGUCCGUGCAGAGGACAUACGCGAGUUUUUCACCCAGAUGGAGCAACGAAAACGUCAGAAGACUGACCAUGCCCCAGCACAUUUCUGUAGAUAGAUACACCUCCAUGAGAAUUGUCUGUUCUAGUUCCGCCAAUAUACUUUGGCGAAAUAAAAUGGUUAAUGUUAUAAUUAGAAUUUGAAACCGAAAUGGUUUUAUUCCAAAUGUUUUUAAAUGUUGAGUGUUUAAAGAGUGUGAUUUUGAAAUCUGGAAUUUAGAAUUUUGUUCAAUAGGAAAUAUUGUUGUGCCAGGGGCCAAGGUUGUACAUACAUGUUUGAACAAAGAUUUUAAAAUAGUUUUGAAAAGGCUGCUGGUGCAUGCCUGACAAUUGUGAUACGUUUUUAUAU